GCUGCCGUGAUAGCUUACGUUGGUUGGGGCAGCAAAGUAAACAACGCUAAACAAAUCCAAGUUUACACUUCUCUUGCUUCGAAAUGAUUCCUCUCCCCAGUACUAUUUAUUGGAAGUUAUAGCAACCUAAUCCUCGGACACCGACACUAAAAAUAUCCACGAAGAUAUUUGUAGCAAAAAGCCAAAAAUAGCAGAGCUGAUCUGAAAAAAGAAAAAAAAAGGAACUUGGUCGGAGAUGGAGGGCCAAGAAUUGGAAGGGCAAAAGAGUAAAUUGGUCAUUAUUGGAGGAGGUGUAGCCGGUUCCCUCCUCGCUAAAACUCUCCAAUUCCUCGCCGAGGUCACCCUCAUUGAUCCGAAGGAGUAUUUUGAAAUUCCAUGGGCAAGCUUGAGGUCAAUGGUGGAGCCAUCAUUUGCUGCAAGGUCGGUGAUCAACCAUAAAGAUUAUUUCACCAAUGGCCAAAUCAUUACAUCCAGUGCAGUCAAUAUCACUGAAACUGAAGUCUUGACUGCUGACGGUCAUUCAAUUGCCUAUGACUAUCUUGUCGUUGCCACUGGCCAUAGCUAUGCUGUCCCCAAAACUAGGACUGAGAGACUUAAUCAAUACAAAGCAGAAAAUCAAAAGAUUUUUUCAGCUCAUUCCAUUUUAAUUGUUGGAGGAGGCCCCACUGGUGUUGAACUUGCUGGAGAAAUUGCUGUUGAUUUCCCAGGUAAGAAUAUUACCCUGGUGCAUAAGGGAUCAAGAUUACUGGAAUUUGUCGGACAAAGAGCUGCUAAAAGGACUAUGAAUUGGUUGAAAUCAAAGAGAGUUGAAGUGAAAUUGGAGCAGAAAGUCGAUUUGGGCACUGAUUCAGAUGAAAUCAAGAUGUAUAAAACUUCAGCUGGAGAAACUAUCAGAGCAGAUUGCCAUUUUCUGUGCACAGGGAUACCAUUGUGUUCAGCAUGGCUUAAGGAAACUAUGUUGAAAAAAAACUUAGAUGGUCAGGGAAGGUUGAGGGUUGAUGAGAGUCUGAGAGUCAAAGGUCGAAAGAACAUAUUCGCGAUUGGAGAUAUUACUGAUGUUCCAGAAAUCAAACAAGGGUUUUUGGCACACAAACAUGCUCUAUUGGCAGCUAAGAACUUGAAAAUAUUGAUGAUGGGAGGAAGAGAAAGCAAAUUGGCAACUUAUAAGGCUAGUUCAGCAUUGGCAAUUGUUUCGCUUGGAAGGACAGAAGCGGUGGCACAAUUCCCGUUCACAACAAUUAUUGGAUGUAUUCCUGGCAUGAUCAAGUCCAAGGAUCUGUUUGUGGGGAAAACAAGAAAGCAAUUGGGUCUAGAACCAGAUGUUGUACAAGAUUAAAGUUGAAUGGGUGUGUCUGUUGUGUAUAUUUUACGUUCAAAAAGAGAACAUAAAUGGUCUUAGAACCUCAAGGUAAACAUGAUUGAGAUAAUAAAUAAAACAGUGUGAUGGUGUGAAUUUACUAGGAUUCAAUAUUAUUACUGAAAUCUGAAAUAAGGUAAAAUAGAGCAGUUUUUGAA